UUGGGGUGGGCUGUUGGUGGCGUCCGGCCGCAGGGACUUCACAGCCGAGCCCUAGGGCUACGGCGACUGCCUCCGCGCGAUCCGGCGGGCCCAGUUUGGACGCGGGGAGACGGCGCUUCCCAGCGCCUCUGGCCCCACGGAACUCUAAGCGAGCGCCUCAUGCCCGAACCCGGCGGGGCCAGGAUGCGGAGCUGUGCGCCUUGAGCUGGCCCCAUGACCCUGAGCACGUUGGCCCGCGAGAGGAAGGCGUCCCCCGCCUGCACCUGCACCCUCAGUGGCCCCGACAUGAUCCCUUACUUCUCAGCCAACGCGGUCAUCUCUCAGAACGCCAUCAACCAGCUCAUCAGCGAGAGCUUUCUGACUGUCAAAGGUGCUGCCCUUUUUCUACCACGGGGAAAUGGCUCAUCCACACCAAGAGUUAGCCACAGACGCAACAAGCAUGCAGGUGAUCUCCAACAGCAUCUCCAAGCAAUGUUCAUAUUACUGCGCCCAGAAGACAACAUCAGGCUGGCUGUAAGACUAGAAAGUACUUACCAGAAUAGAACACGCUAUAUGGUAGUGGUUUCAACUAAUGGUAGACAAGACACUGAAGAAAGCAUCGUCCUAGGAAUGGAUUUCUCUUCUAAUGACAGCAGCACUUGUACCAUGGGCUUAGUCCUGCCCCUCUGGAGCGACACCCUAAUCCAUUUGGAUGGUGAUGGUGGGUUCAGUGUGUCAACGGAUAACAGAGUGCACAUAUUCAAACCUGUAUCUGUACAGGCAAUGUGGUCUGCAUUACAGAGUUUACACAAGGCUUGUGAAGUGGCCAGAAUGCAUAACUACUAUCCAGGCAGCCUGUUUCUCACCUGGGUGAGUUAUUACGAGAGCCAUAUCAACUCAGAUCAGUCUUCAGUCAAUGAAUGGAAUGCUAUGCAGGAUGUGCAGUCCCACCGGCCUGAUUCUCCAGCUCUCUUCACGGACAUACCAACUGAACGUGAGCGAACAGAAAGAUUAAUUAAAACCAAAUUAAGGGAGAUCAUGAUGCAGAAGGAUUUGGAGAAUAUCACAUCCAAAGAGAUACGAACGGAGUUGGAAAUGCAAAUGGUGUGCAACUUGCGAGAGUUCAAGGAAUUUAUAGAUAAUGAAAUGAUAGUGAUCCUUGGUCAGAUGGAUAGUCCUACACAGAUAUUUGAGCACGUAUUCUUGGGCUCAGAAUGGAAUGCCUCAAAUCUAGAGGAUUUACAAAACCGAGGGGUGCGGUAUAUCUUGAAUGUCACUCGAGAGAUAGAUAACUUCUUCCCAGGCGUCUUUGAGUAUCAUAACAUCCGAGUAUAUGAUGAAGAGGCAACGGAUCUCCUGGCAUACUGGAAUGACACUUACAAAUUCAUCUCUAAAGCAAAGAAACAUGGAUCUAAAUGCCUUGUGCACUGCAAAAUGGGGGUAAGUCGCUCAGCCUCCACUGUGAUUGCCUAUGCAAUGAAGGAAUAUGGCUGGAAUCUGGACCGAGCCUAUGACUACGUGAAGGAAAGGCGAACAGUGACCAAGCCCAACCCCAGCUUCAUGAGACAGCUGGAAGAGUACCAGGGCAUCUUGCUGGCCAGCAAACAGCGACAUAACAAGCUCUGGAGAUCUCAUUCAGAUAGCGACCUCUCAGACCACCACGAACCUAUCUGCAAACCAGGGCUAGAACUCAACAAGAAGGAGAUCACCACUUCAGCAGACCAGAUUGCCGAGGUGAAGACCAUGGAGAGUCACCCACCCAUACCUCCCGUCUUUGUGGAACACGUUGUUCCACAAGAUGAAAAUCAGAAGGGUCUGUGUACCAAAGAAAGAAUGAUCUGCUUGGAGUUUACUUCCAGGGAAUUUCAUGCUGGACAGAUUGAAGAUGAAUUAAACCUAAAUGAUAUCAAUGGAUGCUCAUCGGGGUGUUGUCUCAAUGAAUCAAAAUUCCCUCUUGACAACUGCCAUGCAUCCAAAGCCUUAAUCCAACCUGGACAGGCCCCAGAAAUUGCCAACAAGUUCCCAGACUUAACAGUGGAAGAUCUGGAGACAGAUGCACUGAAAGCAGAUGUGAACGUCCACUUACUGCCUCUGGAAGAAUUGACGUCUCGCCUGAAAGACCUUCCCAUGUCCCCCGAUCCUGAAUCACCAAGCCCCCAACCCACUUGCCAGGCUGAAGUCUCAGAUUUCAGUACAGAUCGCAUUGAUUUUUUUAGUGCCCUAGAGAAGUUUGUAGAGCUUUCCCAAGAAACCCGGUCUCGAUCUUUUUCUCACUCGAGGAUGGAAGAACUGGGUGGAGGAAGGGGUGAAAGCUGUCGACUCUCAGUGGUAGAAGUAACCCCUUCCGAAGUGACAGCCGAUGACCAGAGAAGCAGCUCUUUGAGUAAUACUCCCCAUGCAUCUGAAGAAUCUUCGAUAGAUGAGGAACAGUCAAAGGCAAUCUCAGAACUGGUCAGCCCAGAUAUCUUCAUGCAGUCUCACUCAGAAAAUGCAAUUUCAGUCAAAGAAAUCGUCACUGAGAUUGAAUCCAUCAGUCAAGGAGUCGGACAGAUUCAACUGAAAGGAGACAUACUGUCCAACCCAUGCCAUACACCAAAGAAGCACACUGUCCAUGAGCUGCCCCUUGAGAAGGCCCAGGCCCUGGAGAACACACCUGGAAACCUGGAGCAGAAUGAAGGUUCCUACACAGCCCAGGCAGAACUCGCCAAAGACUCAGGGAAGUGGGACCUAGAAGGCUGCCUGACUACACACUUACCCACCACAGAGUUGGAAGAAGAACAACCAGCUGAGGACGAACAAGAACUCUGGGGCCCAGGGAUGCACCCAGGUGCCAAGUGGUGCCCUGGGUCUGUGAGGCGAGCCACCUUGGAAUUUGAAGAACGCUUGCGGCAGGAGCAAGAGCACCAUGGUGCUGCCCUUGGUUGUACCUCAUCGUCCAUCCGCAAGAAUUCCAAGAAUGAGUUUUCUUUGGCAGACCUAGCACCAAAAGGGAAGAGUGAUGAAGCUACCCUAGAACAUUCUUUUGUUCCCAAAGAACCAGAGAUUAACAAGGGCAAAGGGAAAUGCAGUGGGUCUGAGGCUGGCUUGCUGCCCCAUUCUGAGCAAAAUGCCAUUGUUCCAGCACCUGAGCUGCUGGAGUUUCAAGAGCACCCGGGGUCAGAUACUAGAACAAAGCCAGAAGGAGCCCUGAAGGAUUUGAGGACUGUGGUUUCAUGCCAGGGGUCUGAGUCACAGGCAGCCCCCCUUUUCCUUCCCAAGAAGAUCGAAGUCAUCGAGUAUACCCACACAUUUACGUCACCCAGUCACACUGAGCCAGGGGAUGAAAGAGUCACCUGUGAAAAGAGUGGGGAGCAAGGACUGAGGAACGUGAAAAUGGAGAAUUCCAUCACUGGAUUCCUCUGUACACUGGAUGAAAAUCUGAACAGGACUCUGGGCCCCAACCAGGCUGCUGCUCUGCACCCGACAGCGCUACCUCUGCCUCAUUCCUCCUCUCCUGAGCACGACAGUUCCACCAACCUGACCUCCACCCUGAGCAGCCCUGAAGACUGGGACAACGGCCUGUCAACAGCACUGGAGACAGGAGCGCCUUUUGUCAGUCACAUGGCCCAUGUUCCAUCCGCCAACUUGGAUUACACACAUUCCCAGACUGUAGUUCACCUGGAAGAUUUCACACAGCAAAGCAGCACCACAGAUGAUGAGCCCUCUUCAGAGCAGGGCAGCUGGGAAGGUGUUCAGGACAGCACCCCCUCCGGAGGCAGCAAAGUUCUGUACGAGGGCUCUCUGUUAAGAAGUGAAGACCUAAGCAAACUUGGUGAUGACAUCGGGGAGUUACAAGAAAAACUGGACCAGUUACCUAUAGCCCGUCAACCCCUACAUCGCUCUAGGAGUGACAGGGUGAAGAGUGUCAGCCAUAGUCCUGGUGUGGUGAAGGAGCGCACUAAAGAAAUCGAGUCCCGAGCGAUCUGCCAGGCCGAGCUCACCAAACCAGCCCAAAUGCAGCAUUCAGCUUCCCUUGCCAAGUUAGGUUACUUGGACCUCUGUAAAGACUGUUUAUCAGAGAGAGAGCCUGUCUCCUCUGAGCCCCCUCAUCUCAAACUGCUUCAGCCCUUCAUCAGAACAGACUCAGGCAUGCAUGCCGUGGAGGCCCAGGAGUCCUCAGAAAACCCAGUUGCCCCCCAGGACCUAGAGCCCACCAAGUAUUUUAUAGAGCAACUCAAAACUACGGAGUGCAUUGCCCAAAGCAAGCCAGUGGAGAAGCCUGUCAUACAGUAUGCCAAAGAAUUUGGUUACAGUCAGCAGUGUUUGCUCCCCAGGGCAGAACCUGAAUUGACUAGUUCUGAAGGAGGACUCCCUUUGCUACACGCCCAGGGACUUCAGCGUGCAGGACCGGCUCCCGGGCUGGCUGUGGCGCCCCGUCAGCAGCACGGCAGAACUCACCCCCUUAGGAGACUGAAAAAAGCAAAUGAUAAAAAACGGACAACCAACCCCUUCUAUAAUACCAUGUGACCCUGAGCCUACACAUGUGACUUUCUAAAUGAGAUGUUUGUAAAAGGGGCAGGUGUAAUAUGUAAGGAACAUGCACUUUAUUGGUUAAUUUUAUAAUAUUUUGGUCAUUUUACUGUUCCUGGCGCAUGCAGGGUUAUGGGGUUUUUCUCUGUGUAUGUGUGCGUGAGAGAUCGAUUUGGACAGCAAGAUCUUUUUAUCAUUUUUUAUUUCUAGAAAAUUCAAACCUCAAAAAAUACUCAUUUUCAAAGAGCACCUUUAUUUAAGGCAAAUUGCUGUUUUUCAAUCAGCUCCCACCGGCUCCUCCUCAUUUUGCCCUCUGAGAACAAGCUUGUUUGGGGAAGGAAGCAGAUGGGGAGGGUGGGGAGGAAGUUGGGUAUUGGAAAUGUCCCCCACCCCCGCCCCAGGCCUGUGUGAUGAUGGUUUGGUCUUCAGACCUGAUGCCUGGGAUUGGGCCCAAUCUCUGAGCCUUGAGCCCCGCCCACCACUGCGGAGUUUCCCCAGUGGGCAGGUUGCACUGUGCUGUCAGAAUCCACUUCUGGUAUUCCAGACUAUAUCAUCACGGAAUGGCACGGUGGUGGCUUUGUGAACUUAGCAAGCAAAUAGUUUUUUUUUUUUUCCCAAGCACAUAAUUUUUAAAUUUAAGGUGAACCCCAAAUGAAAUCCGAGAGAUCCUGUGUAGAGGGACACAUGCGAAGAGGAGGAGACAUUGCGGCCCGGUAUCUUCUGGGUCAGUGGGCUCCACGAAGGCGGUCAGCCUGGCCCUCCCUGCCAGGAAGGACGCUCUGCAACAUCCUUUCAACCAAAACAUAACGGGGACAGAUUUGAAAAACAGCAAUUGAAAGUCAGUGUGUUCUUGUAAAAUGAAUACAUUACAUAGGGUUUUACCACUUCCAUUACUUGAAUAAUUCUGUGGGCCUUCUGAGGUUAAUGGCCAUAUUUUUUUCCAAUUUACUUUCUCCCUCAUGCUGUUUCUUCAGUGCUGCCUUUUUUUUUUUAAUUUCAUAGAUGAUAUUUGAGUUGUUACAUUACCUACAUAUAACCUCCAUUGAAUGCAAAGUUUUCUUACCGAUGUUAUCACUGUUAACACUUGACAUGGAGGGUUUUUUUUCCCUUUUCCUGGAAGAUUUGUCAUUCUCUAGUUUAUACACAGUAUUUAUGUACAUAGUGUUGUCACUUUCUUAACAGUGUUUUGUUAUUGAUGUUGUAAGAUCUUUUUUAUUUUAUUCUUUUUAAGGAGUGAAGCUGCAACUGGAGAACACACAGCACAGAAAUAAAACUGAUGGGUGUUGGUAGGAAUCUGCAGAAUAUGUUGAUGGUGGUUUUAAUUGUUUAAAUGGAGACUUCUAAUCGCCAGCUCCUGCCAAAUUGUGCGUUAGUUACUUCCUCCUGAGAAGAACCCCUAAAGGCUCCAUUAGAUCACAGUUUAACUGAAGGCUGAUUUCUCUUUGAGACUGAAAUCCCAAGGUGGGUGGUUUGCCAGUAGCUGAACCACAGCCAAGGAGUCCAGGAGUGUUUCUGCUGGCCCAGGGUGAAGCUUCUCAUGGAUUGGGCUGAAAGGUUGCAGGGAGGCCCCCCGCCAGGGGCAGGCACCCACUGUGACCCCAUUUAGGAUGCUGCUGCUUUGCUGCUAUUGUGGAGAUCUUAACACAGAAGUGCUUGCCAUAAACAAGCCUGUUUCAGCUUCUUACAGGAAGCAUUUAGCCUGAAACACCCUCUGCAGCUCAUCAAAACUGAAGAGGUUUGCAGAUUUGCUUUUGUUGUCUCUAGUUGAUUCCACCUGGCUCAGAGAUUGACCAAGUACAGAGCUGGGUUUUGGUUCAUCACUGCACAGAGAGGAAAAGGCAGAUAGAUGCCUAGACUGUCAAGGCAAUGUCAGAGGCCGCAGUUUGGUGGGGGCAGGUAGCAGGGUGACCUGCAGGAGAGAGAAGAUGGACUGAGGCCAUUCACAGGUGCUCCCGGGGAGCUGUGAAUCCAGUUGCUAUGUGGAAACCAUGGUUGGGUCUGACAUCACUGCCAGGAGGUGGAUUGGACAGAAACCUUCUGCUCUAGUGUCUCCGUGAUGUAGUAAUUCUGUGUACCUGAAUAGUUUCCUUACCUGUUCAAAUGUAUCAUCCACAUGGAUUUGUGGUGCCUGGAUAUUUAAUGUGUUGUAAAGUGUUUCUGUUAGGUGGUAUGUACCAGUAUGAGGAGGCUUGCAAGACAGGGUAUGAAUUUCCAGGGCUUAUCCAUCUGAACAGCCCUGUCUUGUUGAGGCAGUUCUACCACCACCAUUAUAAUGGGGAAAGGACCGGAAGUUGUGGGGGUGGGGAGAGAAGGAUUUGCACAGAGGUGAAGAGAGUGGUGCCCACUCAUUAACCCUUUGAAAUGGUGACAUCCCUCACAUUAAGAAGUACAAGCAAGAUCAACAGUAUUGUACUGUUCUCUUUCCUCCCCUACAAUCAUGUUGAAAGCUCACUAUCCCUGCUUUAAGUAACAACAAAAAUGGGGAAGAGAUCCUCUAAUGCUGUGAAGACUUUUUUGAAAAGGAAAAGGAAAUAGUCUUGUUCUGCCUUUUUUUUUAAUUACAUUUUUUAUCAUUUACUUUACCUGCUUAAAUAAACAUCCUCCACACAGGGCCUGUAAUUCACCCUUGCCACGGGGUUUUGCCAGCCCUCUUAAAACUCCCACAGCUGAGUGUUCUUGUGUUAUUUGCAUAGCUGAGCGGUGUCCAGGGGAAGUACAUGAUGAGCUCUCAAGGACUUUUCGGACUUUCUUGUCUUCAAACUUUUUGAUAAUCUUGGAUGGCCUAUUUCCCUUUUCUGUUCAUAGAAGACAAGCUCAGACCUGGAACAGCAGGUCUGGUAGAUGGACAGAGGAGUAGAAAAAGUCUUGACCUCUUGCUCAGUGCCUCUCUUUAUCUUUUUUUUGAAAGCCACCAUAGUCUGGCUCUCAAGUUACUCUGGAGGAGCGAGUGAGUGUGUAUGUGUAUGUGCGUGCACACACACAAUAUAAAGAAACAUUUUGGUGCAGGGGGUAAAAGCCCCAGGAGCACACAACUUUAGAUCUGUAAUCUGGAGGGUUACCUAGUCAAUAGGAAGGAGAGAAACCCCCACCCUUCCUGGAUCUUAGAAACACUUAGGAGUAGUAGUAUAUGCUACAGCAAAACUAGAGUGCCCGAGUGGGGUAAUCAUCUCUCAGUUCGGUUCCCUUCCAGAUUCUUAACGUUCGGGAUCAUUCUUAGUAUCCCAGCUUCUUCAGGCUCUUUAUCUAGCAUUUUACUGGUUCUAUACCUUUAUCCCAACUCUUUCUCAUUUGGGGAACUACCAUGCACUCCAAGGACAGCCUGAGGAUGACAGCCCAGGCUCUGAGGUCCCCUCCUGCUGAAGGGCCUCAGACAGUUACUUUUGGAUAGACCUGAAGUUUCUGAGACAUAGCAGCUCACGGAAAUAUUCGCCCUCUCCAUCUGAGGAUUUCAGUUUUAAAGUGAUCUAAGCAUGUUUGGUAAAGAUGUUUUUGUGGGAGUUGUUUUCUUUUAAGAAAGAAAGCAUUAUGCAAAGAGGGUCACUUUUAAGGGCAUUUAAAUUUUUUUAAAUAAAGCCAUUCUUUGGCUCUUUUUGACAACUAUUUGUGGAUACUUUGUUUACAUUGUGAUAAUUAAAACAUGCAUCACCUUGAUAGCCACUCAGAAUCCUCCAGGCACCCAACCCUGGCUGUCCUGUGAGUCCUGACACACAGCAAGGCCAGAGUGGUCAGCCGGCAGGGGUAGAUGGGGAGGACCUGGAGCUGACUUUUCCAUCUCUGUCCUGCACUCCUAUUUUAACAGUCUUUAUGGAAAUCAUCAUUUCCUCAGUGAUGGUGUGUCUUAACAGUGAUAGUUAUAACGGUGAAUGGCUAGUGUCCUUUUUGUCCAAUUUUGUUUUGCUUUUUGAUGGUAGAUGAACUUCUAGCUCAGCACCAGUCCAACUUGAAGGUAUUUUGGACCUUGUUUUCUCUUCUGGACUAACAGGUCAAAGGCAUGUAUUAGGCAUAAAUGUAUUUGCUGCCUCAACUCACCUGACACCCAUAUUAGGAAAAAGCCUGCCACCAGAGCAGGAAGCUACACACUCCUAACUCCUGUCCCAGGGCUUUGGGGUUCCUUGAUGCCAUGGAGAGCUAUUGCAAGGUGCAUCCGUACUUUUCCAGCCUGGAAGUGGAGGGGACUGGUCCUGGCUCCUGCGAUGAAAAGAAAACCAGCCUCACUUUCUCAGUGCCCCAGAGGUCUAGGACAGGAUUUCUAAACUGGAAUCAUCUCUCAUUGGCUUCAAGAUGCCUCAAAGGGUAUAUCAUUAGUGCUGCCAUCUGUGUCCUCACAGCGACACUGGUGGCAGUGUCCUCAUAUACAUGUGGGGCUAAUACCCAGGGCUUAAUUCAAGCUGAUGACCCAGUCUGAAAACUGGGUAACUGGCCCUGACAUGAUUCUCAAUCAACAGGACCACAGGGAAUUGUUUGGUUUUUAUGUUUUAUUGCAUUUCGGUUUGCCUGGCAUAGCUUGAGGUGCCUUUUUUUUUUUCUUUCUACUUUAUUUUGUAGGACUUGUUCUAAAUGUAGAAAAUAAGUCCAAAAGAUUCUCCCACUGACUGUUAUCUUUGCCCCAGGCCAGUCCAAACUUUUAUGCUCACAUUUUAUUAAAUAAAGCAGGUGCUCCCUGGAAUCUCUGGGACCUUUCUGAGGCAUUUGAAGCAGAAUAUAGAGUGGUCUCAUCUCCUUCCUUAAUCUUCCUGGUGGUUGGGAUGUUCCACUUGUAUCAUAGAUUUUUUUUUUAUUACUGAUGUGCUCUGCUGUUUUUAAAUGUGAACUUGUGCGCAAAUGUGCGGAUUCAAUGUUCUUGUUACAGAUUAAAUAAAUUUUUAUUUUGAAGAUGAAA